AUGUCUAUGCCCACGCCUGCCACCAAUCUAACGCCCUCGGGGCCUCUUCCGGGAACCAGUGGAGUGAGCACCCCUGUGGCAGAGACCAUAGCGAUCCAAGACCUCGAGAACGGCAAAUUGGACAUCGAUUCUAUCAUUGCGGAAAUACAAGAGCUCCGAUCUCAGAUUAGCGGUUUACGAUACGAGAUGGCCCGCUACAUAAGGCUUUUGGCCUCUGUAGACGAGGACACCACGUCGUCAGUGUUUUAUCACGAGGUGGCGACACAGAUCAACUUGCUCAAAAGCAAUCUGGAUACAUAUCAAAAUGCAUACAAAAGACUACUUCCGGUGGUUCGAUACGCCAAACUCAAGAUGGGAGCCAAUCCUGAGGACCAACUCAGGGUUGUACCGCAUGAGGUGAAGAUCGAAACCAAGUUUCUGAGCGAUCAACCUCUGAACAGAAUCGACUCCUCGAAAAAUCCGCUUAUUUCCUCAAUAGAGAUGGGCGGGCCGCUGUCUUCGGGAAGCGUAGGGUCGCCAGGGAUGAAGAAUAGCGCCGCGAAACGGCCGCCUUCCAAGGCGAAGCCUGCAGCUAAAAAGAAAUAG